CUCGUCGGGGCCCACUCAAUACUUAGAAAAAUCAUCAUAUAAACCGCAAAUUUUACAUAGUCCAACGUCAGUGGUUGUCUGUCAGAUUUCCAUGUUGUGUUUGGAAGUCUUGCACUGUGAAAUUGUUUCACCAGAUUCAAUUGAUUUGGUAUAAUCUGUCUGAGUGAGUGACCAAGAUCUUGCAAAAAAAAAUGUGGAUAUUUGGGUGGAAAGGGCCGUCUGGAUUUUCAGCCCGUUCUACUGCAGAGGAAGUUACUCAGGGAAUUGAUGGAACCGGUCUCACUGCAAUCGUUACAGGAGCAUCGAGUGGUCUUGGUUUGGAGACAACACGAGUUCUAGCCUUGCGUGGUGUUCAUGUCGUAAUGGCAGUAAGGAAUACUGAUGCUGGUAGGAAUGUUAAAGAGGAAAUACUUAAGGAAAUCCCCACGGCCAAAAUCGAUGUCAUGGAGCUUGAUCUCAGCUCAAUGGCAUCAGUUAGGAAGUUUGCAUCGGAAUACAACUCAUCUGGUCGACCAUUGCAUAUUCUGAUUAAUAAUGCAGGGGUUAUGGCAACUCCGUUCAUGCUUUCAAAAGACAACAUUGAAAUGCAGUUUGCAACCAAUCAUUUAGGCCAUUUUCUUUUGACAAACCUUCUGUUAGAAACCAUGAAAAAGACAACAAAGGAAAGCAACAAAGAAGGAAGGAUCGUGAAUUUAUCAUCAGAGGCUCACCGAUUUGCAUAUACCGAGGGGAUUCGUUUUGACAAGAUUAAUGAUGAAUCAGGAUACUCCAGUAUGUAUGCUUAUGGACAAUCAAAACUUGCGAAUAUAUUGCAUGCUAAUGAGCUCACAAGGCGCUUGAAGGCAGAAGAGAUUAAUAUAACUGCUAAUUCCCUUCACCCCGGAUCAAUUGUUACCAAUCUUCUACGCCACCACAGUUACAUUAAUGCCAUUGCCGGCUUCUUAGGUAGACUUAUGCUUAAAAAUGUUCAGCAGGGGGCAGCAACUGAAUGCUAUGUAGCGUUGCAUCCGCAAGUUAAGGGUGUCAGCGGUGAAUACUUUAUGGACAGCAACAAAGCCGACCCGACCCUUCAAGCCAAAGAUGCUGAAUUGGCAAAGAAGCUAUGGGAUUUCAGUGUGAGCCUGACGGAUCCAAAGUAAUCAGGAACAAAAGAUUGGUCAGACUAAAUACGUGUUGUAAAAUUACAAGUGUUUUUCAUGUAACUGUCUGAGACUUUAUUCGAAGCUAAAAUGUUGAAUGAUCA